AUGUCUCAAACUACUUUACAGCCGCACGGCAUACACGAGACAUCGGGGAUAUCGCAUACACCCACACAGCCUCUCGCAGUGCCACCCUCUCAACCACCCUCACACUCUCCACGCUACACAAAGGUACCGUCUUCGCGCUUAGGCAGGCUAUUCCACUACGGAGGCUUAGCAGCGGGGCUUACGUACGGCACAGCGAGUCAAGUACUCCGCGGCGGCAAUACCCAACAUUCCGCCUUGCUCUCCCCAGCCAACGUCGACCGACUAGUGGCCAAGCUGUCAGUAAUGCGCGGCGCAGCCCUCAAACUCGGACAAUUCCUCUCGAUCCAGGACAGCCACCUGCUGCCACCCGAGAUAGAAACGGCGUUGACGCGGCUACAGAAUAAGGCCGACUACAUGCCCAACUGGCAGCUAGAGAGAGUGCUCGCCGCCGAGUACGGUGCUGACUGGAUCAGCCAUUUCGAGCAUUUCGACAAGGUGCCUGUGGCUGCUGCGAGUAUUGGGCAGGUGCACACGGCGACACUCAGCGCACACCACCCCACACACCCACGCAUGCACGUCGCCCUCAAAAUCCAGUUCCCAGGCGUUAAAGAGAGCAUUAGCUCGGAUCUGAACAACCUUAAACUGCUCGUCGCGGCCAGCGGCAUCCUCCCGCGUGGAUUGUUCCUCGAUAACACUAUUCGUCAGAUGCGCACUGAGCUGGCUGAUGAAUGCGACUACCUCCGCGAAGCUGAAUGUGGAGAGCGGUUUGGGGAGUAUCUGCAUAAUGACCCCGUCUUCAGCUGCCCCGUGGUGGUAAAAGACUUGUGCACACCCAACAUACUCACCACACAAUUCAUGCCGGGAGAGUCGCUGUCGAGGGCGUACACAUACGACCAGCCAACGAAAGACAAGAUUGGAUCAGCCAUUAUGCGCCUUUGCAUUAGCGAAAUAUUCCAAUUCAGACUGAUGCAGACAGAUCCUAACUGGAGUAACUUCCUGUGGGAUGGGGAGUGUGGAAGGAUUAACCUUAUCGACUUCGGCGCGUCAAGAGCGUAUACGGAGGAUUUCGUCGGUGCGUUUGGACGUUUGUUACUGGCAGCAGGGAAUGGCGAUAGAGAGGAGUGCGUGAGGACUUCGCUGCAGUUGGGAUAUCUGACGGGCGACGAGAGCGAGGAAAUGAUCAACGCACAUAUCGCAUCCAUGUUGGCUCUGGGUGAGCCGUUCAGACAGGCAGAACCUUACAGCUUCUUGAAUCAAACCAUCACGGAACGCGUCAAGGCACAGAUACCGAUCAUGCUCCAACAUCGUCUUACACCACCGCCUAAGGAAACUUACAGCCUCAAUCGGAAGCUUUCGGGGGCUUUUCUUCUUUGUUCAAGACUCGGAUCAGUCGUCAACUGCAGAGAAAUCUGGGAGGAGAUAAAUAAAAAUAAAAUGCCAAAGACCAUCGUCGAGAGUGAGGAUGAUGAGGUAGACGAGUUAGCCUCGGAGGAUGGACACGAUAACAUGGAGGAUUAUUCUCAAGAUGAUGUGGACAUGGUCGACGAUGACGACGAUAUACACAACGACGACGACGAGGAUGACGACAACGACGACAACGACGACGACGACACACCGUCUCAAACCUCCAAGCCAAAGGCUCGCAGAGGUCGCCCACCUGGUUCCACUAAUAAGAAAUCCAACUCGAGUGCUGCUGCUAGACCACGCGGUGCACGCUCUUCUGCCCGCACUUCCGCCCGUGCAACUCAGCAGAAACCGCGCGAAAAAUCGCGUGAGGAGGAAAUUGACGAGAUAAGCAGUGGUGAGGGUGAGGGUGAAGGUGAGGAUGACCUCGAUCAAGAUGAGUUGGAUGACCUCGAUGACGCAGACACGCGGAAAGACAAUGAUAAAGAUGAACAACGUCUCACUGCGAGACAGCGUGCUGCACUCAAACAACCCAAUGACGACGGCACCAGCGACACACCAGAGCUCAUGUCACUUGAUAUAGGCAGACAGCAUAAGACUACGCUCACAGAAGAAGAACAGGCGUUGAAAAAGGCUGAGUUGCUGCGCAGGCGUAAACACCAAUCUGAUCAGCGUCUAGAGAAUGAGAAGGUGGAGACUAUCAACAGAUUGCUCACCAAAACCGCUUCUAAACGUCGAGGAAAGAAGGAGGAGGAUAAAGAUGAGGAGGAUCGCGAGUCUUCGCAGGUUGUCGUCGAUGAAACUCCGCAGUCAUUGCUCACCUAUCGUUGGGUGAGUAGACCAAGUGGUGCCUUAUUUAGUGUACAGUGA